GAUCGACAGCCAGAGUUCGUCUGCCUCAUUCAUCGAACGCUCUCUCCUCUCCCAAGACACGUCCUCAUCCUCCGUCCUCGAAUCCACCGCCAUGAGACCCACAGAGCCUGACCAAGAGUCGGCUGUGUCCGUACAACUUGAAAUGCCCGAAGCAGGCCCUUCGUCUGUGCCAGGGACCUCUAACGGGCAUAACGGCUCUGCUGCCAAGCAGAACGGCUACGGUAAUUCCUACUCAAAUGGUUAUUCGAAAGCAUCCGCCACAGAUGCCACGAAUGGAGGCAGGCCCGAGAAGCAGGCGAUGUCUACUACGAGGGUGUCUUUGCCUGGAUCGACGCUCUAUGACGACUCGUAUGUGGACCGGGAGGAGUUUGUGAGGCUGGUAAUACAGAGCCUGAGAGAUGUGGGUUACAUUGAAUCUGCCGCCACUCUGGAGGCUGAGUCAGGAUAUACCAUGGAGAGCUCUGAGGUCGCGGAGUUCAGACGGUGUAUUCUGGAUGCAGAUUGGACGCGAGCGGACGCCGCCUUGAUGCGUCUUGGUGUCGCGGACGACGAGAGACUCUGGGAGGCCAAGUUCCUCAUCAGCCAACAGAAAUACCUAGAGAUGCUAGAGGCGAACAAGGUCACCGCGGCACUGCAUGUGCUACGGAACGAGCUUGCGCCGCUGAACGUAGACCGUGAUCAACUCCAUGCAUUAUCGAGUCUCAUGAUGUGCUCAAAUCCUGAAGACCUACGACAACGAGCAGGGUGGGACGGCGCGUCGGGACAUUCCAGGCGACGCCUACUUGGUAACCUGCAACGAUACAUACCUUCAUCCGUCAUGAUCCCGCAACGAAGAUUUGCCACACUGCUCGACCAGGCCCGCGCAUAUCAACAAAGCCUGUGUUUGUACCACAAUGCACCAUCGAACUCACGGACGUUCUCUCUAUAUACCGACCAUCUAUGCGAUAAGGACGCGUUCCCUCGAGUCACGACAGCGAUUCUGGAGGUUCAUACAGACGAGGUUUGGAAUCUAGAGUGGAGCCACAGCGGUAACUUUCUUGCAUCGGCGAGCAAAGACAAGACAGCGAUCAUUUGGAGGGUCGAGCAUGACAAAGACCCGUCAAUACGAGAGAUCUCGCAACAGUUCAUCCUCCGUGACCAUCCAUAUCCCGUAGGAUGCGUAGCAUGGUCGCUUGACGACUCUAUACUGCUGACCUCCGCCGAGGAUCACAUCAAGCUCUGGAACACCAGGACUGGGCUGUGCGUGAGGUCCCUUGAGGCACAUUCAGAUGUCGUAACAGCACUGGCCUGGCUUCCCGACGGGUCUGGCUUCAUCUCGGGUGGCCUUGACAGGAAGAUUAUCCUCUGGGAUGCCGAUGGCAAGCAGCGAGACUCAUGGGGUCAGACCCCAAUCCGGGUGACCGACCUCACUGUCACCCCUGACUUCACGCGUCUGGUUGCUGUCGGCAUGUACGAUGUACCUACCAAUGUACCAGGCCCCACCGCCACGCCUCCGGAGAACGGAAAUCAGCCAGGCGCAGGACGAACCGCUGAGAACCGAGUGAUCGUGUACGAUCUGUUAACGAAGCAACCACAAUUGUUCAUUCCUGUGGACGGGGAGCUGACGAGUGUGGAGGUUUCUGAAGACUCACGAUACGCACUGAUCAACCGUGCACCCGAGCCCAAUGCUCCAUGCGAGAUCCACCUGUGGGAUCUUGAAUCGGAGCGAAUAGCGCGGAGAUACCUGGGCCACAAACAAUCCAAGCAUGUCAUCCGAAGUUGUUUUGGUGGGAUCGAUGGCAGCUUCGUCGCUAGUGGCAGUGAAGAUGCAGUUGUCUACAUCUGGCAUCGUGACACAGGGACCCUGCUCGAGGCCCUGUCCGGUCACGGUCCGGGCAGCGUGAACUCGGUCGCCUGGAACCCGCGGAACGAGCGGAUGUUCGCGUCGUGUUCGGACGAUAAGACGAUACGGAUAUGGGAGGCACCACCUGUGCACGUCGUGGGCGUCCCCGUAGAUGCCGAGGACCCGCGACAGGCACACGAAGUGGAUGGUAAGGGGAAGGGGAAGAGCCGAGAGCGGUGGGACGGCCAGGCAACGGGUUCUAGUUACGGACUUGGGUCGAGCUCUGGCUCGACGUUGCUGUGAAGACAGAACGUAUCUGUCAUGCUGAUAUGGUAGGUCGCAUGCAUUGGCUAUCGGUUUUCGUUGCAUACGGAAUUUUACAACUA